AGCAGAAGUCCACAGGCAGGGAAGGAAGGUGCCUGCCCUGGAGCUAUGGUCCACGCCUUCCUCAUCCACAACUUGCGGGCUCCGCAGGCCCAGGACACGGGCCUUUGCCGAGUGCUCUACUCCUGCGUCUUUGGUGCCGAGAAUUCACCUGAUGACCCACGGCCACGUGGUGCUGAGAGGGACAGGCUCCUUCGAAAGGAGCAGAUUUUGGCUGUGGCCAGGCAGGUGGAAUCCAUGUGCCAGCUUCAGCAGCAGGCAUCUGGCCGGACCUCCGUGGAUCUGCAGCUUCAGUCCUCAGAUGAGCCAGUGCCCCUGCAUGAGGCCCCACAUGGGGCCUUCCGCCUGGCAGCAGGGGACCCUUUCCAGGAGCCUCGGACAGUGGUGUGGCUGGGUGUGCUCUCAUUAGGCUUCGCCCUGGUGCUGGAUGCCCAUGAGAACCUGCUGCUGGCUGAGAGCACACUCCGGCUGCUGGCACGCCUCCUUCUGGAUCACCUCCGGCUGCUUACCCCCAGCACCAACCUCUUGCUUAGGGCUGAUCGCAUCGAGGGCAUCCUUGCCCGCUUCCUGCCCCAUGGUCAACUGCUCUUCCUCAAUGACCAGUUUGUCCAGGGUCUGGAGAAGGAACUCAGUGCUUCCUGGCCCCGCUGACCCCUCACUGGGAUGGGGCUUCCUGAGGGGCAGGGAGGGAGGACAGGGAUGGAUGGACACACAGCCAGGUGAAUCUUGGCAUUGGCCUCCUUCCCAGCCUGCUCCCAGCUCUGCUGUGCUACCACAUCCAGGACAAGUGGACGGGACAAGCUGGCAGAAAAGAGGGCUGGGCAAAGGGUGGUGAGGAGGAAUCCCAGAACAUUCUGUGCCUGGAGCUGCCAUGUGACUCAUUUAGACUGCAUAGUGGACCAGUCUCACCUGUCCUUGACCCCAGUUUCUCCCAUCCCCGGCAGCCAGCCCCCAAAACAGUCCACCAGUUGCUAGUGUUGGAGCAUGAGGAGUGG